AUGACUUACACCAAGACAAACGCCCCCAUACAAGCAGCCAGGCUUGCCAAAAUCGUCGUCAACAGCCAUGCAAGCUGCAGACUCGCCGCGCACCCGGCGCUGACCCGGAGGCUAGGCUGUACCGGCCGGACCGUACCCUCAUCUCACCACCUCUACGGCCAGACCACGCGAGCAUUCUCGACGACACCCGUCUCUCAGCUGAGAGACUUCUUCCCCGCCAAGGACACCCCCCACAUCAAGACAACUCCGGCGGCGUGGCCUCACCCGGGCUUCUCAAUGGAGGAGCUCCAUCAGGUGACGCCUUCGCACCGCCCGCCUCGGGGAUUCGGUGAUUGGGCGGCGUGGAAGAUUGUGCGGUUCGCGAGAUACUGGAUGGACAAGGCCACGGGUAUGGAUAGGGAACAGCAGGUUGAUAAGAAGAAUCCGACAACUGCCAUCAAGGCAGAGAAGCCGCUGACGGAGGCUCAAUGGCUUAUUCGAUUCGUGUUCCUCGAGAGUAUCGCAGGUGUUCCAGGAAUGGUUGGCGGCAUGCUUCGCCAUCUCAGCAGCCUUCGAGGCAUGAAGAGAGACAAUGGUUGGAUCGAGACGCUCUUGGAAGAGAGCUACAACGAGCGGAUGCAUCUUUUGACCUUCAUGACCAUGUGCGAGCCCGGCUUGUUCAUGAAGCUCAUGAUUAUCGGUGCCCAGGGCGUCUUCUUCAACAGUCUCUUUGUGGCAUAUCUUCUUCACCCCAAGAUUGUUCAUCGAUUCGUCGGCUACCUGGAGGAGGAGGCGGUACACACGUAUACUCGAGCGAUUGCCGAAAUCGAAGACGGCCAUUUACCAAAGUGGAAUGAUCCCAAGUUUCGGAUUCCUGAUAUUGCCGUGCAGUACUGGAACAUGCCCGAGGGCAACCGAACCAUGAAAGACUUGAUCCUGUAUAUUCGAGCCGACGAGGCCAGCCACAGGGGAGUCAACCACACCUUGGGCAACCUCAACCAGAAGGAGGACCCAAAUCCCUUUGUCAGCAAAUUCAAAGACAGGGAGGUUCCCAAGCCUGCCCUCAAGCCCGAAGGCUAUGAGCGUUCCGAGGUGAUUUAA